GCGACCCGCAACGAGACCCGAACCCACGACCAACCCCAGUCUUCUUCUCCUGUUCCCCUCCUCCUCUUCUCCGGCGAGAGCUCAGGCCAAGUCUCAAGCCUGUCCGCAGAGAGAGAGAGAGAGAGAGAGAGAGAGAGCGAGGGAGGGAGGGAGAGGAGAGCUCCUCCUCCUCCACGGGAACAGGGGCAUCUCCAAGCUUCCUUCUUUCUUGCCCCCACAAGGUCACUGACGUCGGAUUGGCCUCAAAGAUCCCAGUUUUAUUAGGAAGGAUUCGUUGUCACAAGUCUGUUCUGUGUGGAUUGGUGGUUGAGAGAUUCAUUCAUUCACCUUUUGAUGGGGCAAUCCCGUGAGGAUCCCGUGCAGCUCCCAUGGAUAAUGGUUGGGGAGGAGAGGAGGCAGUAGGGGGGGCAACAGCAAGAGGUAGAAGAAGAGAGGCCAGUAAUAAUAGGAAGGACCAAGGAAAAGGAGAGGAGGGAGAUCUCCAUGGGAGGAGAACCCCUCCUCACCUCCCUGUCGAUGGAGAACAACAGCAACAACAGCCACCCUUGUACCCUACUCUCCAUGGACACUGCCGGGUCACACCCGGCCUCAGCCGAGUCCUCCGGUGGUGGUGGUGUCGUCAAUGGGAGUGCUGUUGGUGCUGGUGGUGGUGAUAGGGAGCUCUUCGUUAUUCCUCGGCAUGAGUCUGUGCGCCGUCAUGGGCCGCCGGACAUCAACCUCCCGCUCUCUGCAGACCCCUCUCCGCCACCUACGUCGUGGAGCCUUGACCCGUUUGAUAUCCUUGAUGUUGGCCUUGGCACGCAGACUUAUGAGUCUGAGGUUGCGCUCACGCUUCCACCAAAGUCGAGUGGCAACGGUGGCAGUGCUGCUGUUGGUGUCGGUGCGAGGAAGUGUGCUAAGAGGGGGGACAGCAUUUGGGGAGCAUGGUUCUUCUUCGAUCACUACUUCAGGCCUGCGCUUGUGGAGAAGCCAAAGGGGAAGGUGACGCGCGACGCGUCCGGUAGCAUCUCUGGCUUUGACAAGUCCGAUCUCCGCCUUGAUGUCUUCCUGGUGCAGCAUGACAUGGAGAACAUGUACAUGUGGGUUUUUAAGGAACGGCCUGACAGUGCUCUUGGCAAGAUGCAGCUCCGGAGUUUCAUGAACGGGCACUCCAAGCAUGGGGAGCCGUCUUUCCCGUUCAGUGCGGACAAGGGCUUUUCAAGGUCGCACCGCAUGCAGCGGAAGCACUACCGUGGUCUCUCCAACCCACAGUGCCUUCAUGGAAUUGAGAUUGUGAACUCACCAAACUUAUCAGCGGUCCCUGAAGCCGACAUGAAGAGGUGGGCUGAACUUACAGGAAGGGAGAUUAAUUUCUCAAUACCGCCUGAAGCCAGUGACUUUGAGUCAUGGAGGAAUCUUCCAAGCACUGAUUUCGAACUUGAUAGGCCACAGCCACCAUCAUCAAAGACUAUCGCACAUAGCUCUCAUAAUCAUAAGAAAGCACUGAAUGGUUCAGGUCUUAACCUGUCUACUCCACCCUCAUCAGAUGAUGGGAUGGAUCUUUCACCAAAAUGCGCCAAACGCCGCAAGGAUUUGUUUGGUCAUUGUGCUGAAGAGGACUGUGUGAUGGCAAACAAUUCUUGUUCCGACAGAGAGCAAGAGGUAGAAGUCCAUACCGUCACCGGUGAACCAUCAUGGAUGCACGAUUUCACUGGCGUGGCAAAGCAUGCAAGUGGGCCUGUUACAGCUGCCAAGACAAUAUACGAGGAUGACGAAGGAUACCUGAUUAUGGUGAGCAUGCUCUUCUCUGAUCCACACAGCGUGAAGGUUUCCUGGAGGAACACGCUGACGCAUGGCAUCGUGAAGAUAUCAUGUGUAAGCACGGCUCGCAUGCCCUUCGUGAAGAGGCAUGACAGGAUGUUCAAGCUGACGGACCCUGCACCCGAGCACUGCCCUCCUGGCGAGUUUGUGAGGGAGAUACCACUGGCCACAAGGAUCCCAGAGAAUGCAAAGCUCGAAGCGUAUUACGACGAGACCGGUACUGGGCUGGAGAUCAUGGUCCCGAAGCACAGGGUAGGACCAGAGGAGCAUGAAGUCCAGGUUUGCAUGAGGCCCCCGCAUCUUGGUGACAGUGAUCUUGUUUUAUCAUAGAACAGAAAAAGAACAUUUAGUCUUCUUAGGCCUUCUGGUGUCGUCAUGCGCGAGAUGCCGGAACAUAACAAGUCAUCAUGCCAUGGAUCAGUGGAAUUUUUCUCUUUUGGCGCUAAACAUUAGUCGAACCUAUCUCUCUGCCUCCCUUAGGCAAAAGUUACCUCACCCUCUGUUAAUUCUCCCCUCUGUACUUUUUACACAGGUACAUUGCUCACUAUAUUGGUGAUCCCCCUUGACUACUCCUUUCUAUGAAACAUGGCAUUAGCAAGUUGAUAAUAAUACUAGUAGUACUCUGUCUGUGUAUUAUUCUGAGUAUCAUGUUCAUAAUAAUGCAGAUAGCUACUACUCAUGAGCAGAUGCUCAGAACUGUGCUGUCGAUUUCGCCAUCGUUUCUUCUUGUAAUAAUUGUCUCAACCAUUCUUUUAGCGUA